AUGUUUAUUAUACGUGAAUCAGCAAACGCUAAACUAGUGCUCGCAGUCAAUGAAGCGAAUGGAUCUUUGACUUUGUCUGCUGAAUUGAGUUCUUCCCUGCCGAUUAAGGCCAUAUCCUGGAUUCAUAAUGGAAAUGAAGUACAAGUGGCUGAAAAUCCAGAAAAAUUCUAUGAAGAUGUAUCGAAUCCAUCUCAUCCCUUUCUAGUGAUAAAUGAUUUAGAGAAGAUGGAUGUUGGGUCUUACGCAUUGAAAGCAGAAACCGACGACAAAAUAUGGAUCAGUGAUGAAGUGCUUUUUUCCUUGCCCUGUGAAAGUACAAAGAUUUCAGUACUUCGUGCCCCUGAUAGAGAAGAUGGUUCUAUAGUUCUUCAAGCAAAAAUUUUGACAAAAUGGCCUAUCAAGCGUAUAAGAUGGCAGAAAAACGGGACGGAUUUGUUCAUUUCAAACAUUGUAAUGAAAUACAUAGAAAACAAAUCUGACAAAUACAAUCCUUCAUUGACAAUAUUAAAUUUUGAAAAUGCAGACGAGGGGAAAUACUCUCUAAUCUCGGAAAGUGUUGAUGGUGUAGUUAAGAGUGAAGAUAUUGAGAUAAAAGCUCCUAAAGUUGCAAAAACCAAACGUGUGAAUAAUUCAGAUUGA